CCACGAAUCUCGCUCUCGAGUCUCGCAAAACCCACCACGCCGCGCCCCCCCCCCCUUUGUCGGCCACGCACUGGAUCAGCGAGCAACAUGGACGUAGGCCUAGUCAGAAGUCGUAUUAUCGCGACGCUCGAUGCGGACGCCGACGCGCGCCGCCGCGCUGAGCUAGAUCUCAAGGCUGCCGAGGAACACGCCGGCUUCACAGAUGCUCUACUCGAUAUUCUACAAGGCGAGCAGGAGGCCUCCGUCAGACUGUCGACGGCCGUAUACCUCAAAAACCGUGUGUCGCGUGCCUGGGCCGUUAGCGACGAUGCGGCUGCCACUCAUAAACCCAUCCGCGAUGAAGAGAAGGCCCGCUUCCGGGAACGCCUCCUGCCCGUGCUGUCGACAUCGUCGGCCGCCGUGCGCGCACAGCUCGUGCCCGUCCUGCAGAAGAUCCUGCACUGUGAUUUCCCCGCGCGCUGGCCGGGGUUCAUGGACGUGACGCUGCGGCUGCUGAAUACAAAUGAGGCGGCGAGCAUCUUCGCGGGCCUGCAGUGCCUGUUGGCCAUCUGCCGCGUGUUCAGGUUCAAGUCGGGCGAGAGCAGGGCUGAUUUCGAUAAGAUUGUUGAGGCGACAUUCCCGAGACUGCUGGUUAUUGGGACAGGGCUGGUGAAUGAGACAAGCGAGGAGGCCGGGGAGAUGUUGCAUUUGGCGCUGAAGGCCUAUAAACAUGCUACCUUUUUCGACCUGGCUGCUUCCCUGAGGCAGGAGCAGACUACGAUCGGCUGGUGUUCAUUAUUCAUCCAGACCAUCGGAAAGGAAGUCCCACAAAGCGCUCUAUCGGAAGAUCUCACCGAGCGUGAAGCGAACCACUGGUGGAAGGCAAAGAAGUGGGCAUACUUCAACCUGAACAGACUAUUUGUCCGCUAUGGAAACCCAGGUUCUCUCGUCUCUGGAAACGGGGAUGAUUACGUUGAGUUUGCGAAGCACUUCAUCGCCACUAUCGCACCUGAGAUUCUCAAGGCCUACCUCGCGCAGAUCGAGAAGUGGGUUGCCAAAACCACUUGGCUUAGCAGACGCUGCCUAUCAUAUACCCUUGCUUUCCUCGACGAGUGUGUUAAGCCAAAGCAGAUGUGGGCUCACCUGAAGCCGCAUCUCGAUACUUUGGUCACUCACUUCCUCUUCCCUGUGCUCUGCUUGUCGGAAGACGACAUUGAGAAGUUCGACACUGACCCAGAGGACUACCUCCACCACAAGCUCAACUUUUACGAGGAGGUCUCCGCGCCUGAUGUUGCCGCUACCAAUUUCCUAGUUACCCUUACCAAGGUUCGCAGGAAGCAGACCUAUACCAUCCUGACCUUUGUCAACACCAUCGUCAACGAGUACGAGGCUACAGAGGACAGCAAGAAGAACCACGUCGCCAAGGAGGGAGCCCUUCGCAUGAUCGGCACCCUAUCCAGCGUCAUCUUGGCUAAGAAAAGCCCUAUCGCGACGCAAGUCGAAUACUUCCUCGUCCGCUACGUCUUCCCAGAUUUCAACAGCCCGCAAGGAUACCUGCGCGCACGCGCGUGCGACACGGUUGAGAAGUUUGAGCAGCUCGACUUCAAGGAUACGAACAACCUGCUCGUUAUCUACCGCAAGAUCCUCGAGUGCAUGGGCGACCCAGAGCUGCCCGUGCGUGUCGAGGCCGCCCUGGCCCUGCAGCCGCUUAUCAGACACGACAUCAUCCGCACCAGCAUGCAGCAGAACAUCCCGCAGAUCAUGCAGCAGCUCCUGAAGCUGGCCAACGAGGUCGAUGUCGACGCCCUGUCGAACGUGAUGGAGGACUUUGUCGAGGUGUUCGCCGCUGAGCUUACGCCGUUUGCAGUUGCCCUCAGCGAGCAGCUGCGCGACACAUACCUGCGCAUCGUCAACGGAUUGCUGGACAAGAACGAGAGCCGCGGCGACGACGACUCGUACGGCGACUACCUGGACGACAAGUCCAUCACGGCGCUGGGUGUCCUACAGACAAUCGGCACUCUGAUCCUUACUCUCGAGAGCACACCCGAGGUGCUGCUGCACAUGGAGUCGAUCCUGAUGCCCGUCAUCAGCAUCACGCUUGAGAACAAGCUGUACGACCUGUAUAACGAGGUCUUCGAGAUCAUCGACAGCUGCACCUUCGCCGCCAAGAGCAUCUCGCCAACGAUGUGGCAAGCCUUUGAGCUGAUCCACCAGACGUUCAAGGCAGGCGCAGAGCUAUACCUCGAGGACAUGCUCCCCGCGCUCGACAACCUCGUGCAGUACGGCGCGGCACACCUGGUGCAGACGCCCGCAUACCUCGACGCCAUGUUCGGCAUGGUACAGGACAUGUUCCACGACGACAAGGUCGGCGGCGUCGACCGCAUCUGCGCCUGCAAGCUGGCCGAGAGCAUGAUGCUCUCCCUCCGCGGCAGCAUCGACCAAUACGUCCUCGCCUUCGUGGAGAUGGCCAUGGCCACGCUGACCAAUGCCGACGUCAAGGUCAAGUCCUACAAGAUCCACCUCAUGGAGAUGGUUAUCAACGCCAUAUACUACAACCCCGUGCUGGCGCUGCACGUCCUCGAAGCCAAGGGCUGGACCAACAAGUUCUUCAGCCUGUGGUUCGGCAGCAUCGACGCCUUCAGCCGCGUCCACGACAAGAUCCUCGCCAUCGCCGCCAUCGUCGCCCUGCUGACCCUCAACCCGGACCAGGUCCCCGCCAGCGUGCAACAGGGCUGGCCGCGCCUGCUGCAGGGUAUCGUGCGCCUGUUCCAGACGCUGCCUGCGGCUGCGAAGAACCGCGAGGAGGCGCUCAAGGACGAUUAUCCACUUGCGGAUGGUGUGUAUAGCGAUGAUGAGGAGGAGGAGGGCGUUGAGUGGGGUGGUGAGGAUACGGCGUGGGCUGAGGAGGCCGAGGAGGAGGAGGAUGCCGAGGGGAAGGAUGAGAGUAGUGCAUACCUUGACUUUUUGAACGAGGAGGCGCAGAAAUUCGGCAACCUGGAUGAUGGGUCCGACGACGAGCUCGGCGAGGAGAGUCUUCUCGAGACGCCGCUGGAUAAGGUGGAGCCGUACGGAUUGUUCCGCGAUGCUCUCAUGAAACUCCAAACCGAACAACCCCAACUCUACACCUCCCUCACCAACUCCCUCUCCCCCGAGGAACGCACUGUCGUCGAGUCCGCCGUCGCGCAGGCCGACGUCAUCGCCCGCAAGACGGCUGAGGAGGCUGCUGCGGCUGGCGCGAGCGCAUAGAGAUGCCAUACCCCCCAAUAUAAUGGGAGCAGACGAGAUGAAGGGAUGAUUGGGUGAGGGUGAGACAGGGGACAGGAACGGGGAUAUUUUGGCGUUGAAAGAGGAGGAGGGCUUUUGUGGGCUGAUUGACUGAUUGAUUGAUGAUGGGGAUUGGAUAGUGGGGUCGCCGCUACUGGAGAUGGGAUGGGGAUUGGAUAGGGGGGUCGCCGCUACUGGAGAUGGGAUGGGGAUUGGAUAGGGGGGUCGCCGCUACUGGAGA